CACACUGUCGAUAGUAAUACAUUCACAGGUGUAACCAUGGGAGAGAAGGACUGUUACGCGUAUAUCACUGUGGAUUUAAAAUCACAGGAAUUAUAUAAAAUACUUGAUUUGUUAAGUAAACCAGGAAGUAAAAAUACGACUAAUCAGUCAAUCAUACUCGUAAAUCAAAAUCGAAUAUUGCACUGUCCCUCGCCUCUGUCGCCGAAUUUUUCAAGAAAUAUUUUUGAAUCGAACCCACAGUUGUCAGCUUUCAAUGGAGACAUUCAAGAGAAUUUUAACGCUCAGCGGAAAAUUGUUUUGAUUAAACAGGGGAGAAAAACAGUGUUUCUGAAUAAACCAGAGGAAAUUGUAAUGGUGGAAUCAAAAGUAAAACGAAAACUUUUUUCUAAGGAGAUUGAGUUACGACGAAUAGACAGCGCAUCUCUAAUAAAAUUAUUACGGAAUGUCGAACCAGGUUCUACUAACAUAUCUCGAUCAAAGCAACACAAUUAUGGUGAGUUAGAUACAAGUCAUGUGACCAACGUAGAAGGAAGAGCUGUCAAAGCGGAAAAAUCCAUCCAGGAGCCCUUAACAGUAUGGUCAGCGCCAGGAGGAAACGAAAGCUACGAAAACCCAUCACACCCGAGUACAGAUAAGUAUCCAACUCAAGUAACCGAUACGGAUGUAGACUGUCUUAGUAUGGAAGUGACUCCCAGUGCCAGGUACAGGUUUACUGCACAAGAAUCGAGCGUUCCUUCGGUGUCAUAUUCUUUCAGUCCGACAAGCGCUAGUAGUAGAUCAAACACUUUUACGACGUCAUAUUCUUCAAGUGAGGCUAUUGCUGCAUCGUCACCAUCGCCACAUAGCUCUCACCAGUCUGAGUCGGGCCUUCCGUUGAACUGUUCGCCGAAAUAUGUACAAUAUAUGACGUUGGCAAGCAGACUGAAUACAUUUCGUUCAUCAAAUUGGCUGGUUAAUGAAAAGCCAGAUAUAAAUACAUUCGCUAAUCAAGGAAUGUUCUUUACAGGUCGAGAAGAUUUAGUGCGAUGUUUUGUGUGCGGGAUAGGCUUGAAGGACUGGAUAAAGACUGAUGACGUCAUGGAAGAACACCGGAAGUAUUCGUCUGCGUGCCCGUAUCUAUUGCAAAAAUUAACGUCAACGGAAGUUGACUCAUCUCGACAAGCCGGGAACCAGAUGUCAUACAGAGUUCGCUCCCCUCAGUAUCAGACUAUGAAUGCGAGGCUGGAAACAUUUGAACGUUUUCCGAGUAAUGUAGACAUACCGCAUCAACAAUUAGCCGUUGCUGGACUAUUUUACACAGGAGAAGGUGAUUUAUGUCGGUGUUUCACGUGCGAUGGUGGUCUUAAAGACUGGAGUACGGGCGACGACCCUUGUAAAGAACAUGCUACGUAUUUCCCUAAGUGUAACUAUAUCAUACAACUGAAGGGGGCGGCAUUUGUGAGAGACAUGCAACAUAGAAGAGG